CCUUGGUUUGAUUCAUUGCAUUCAUUACAUUCAAGUAAUCGUAGUGGCGAGUUUGCAAUUCUGUGUUUUUGAAGAUGACCAAAAUACUUUCCAUGAGAUUGAAUCUGCUCAGCUAAAUAUUUCAACCGAAGGUGAAGCACUUUUUGAAGACGGUUUUUGGUGCCCCUUACGACGAAAACUUUUAUAAUGCAGAUUGGAUGUUGGGUCCAAAUCAUUUUUGUUGGCAAGCAAUCUGUUCAAUUCCUUACCACAUCGCCUCUUACGGAAGCCGUGUUACACCACAAAGUUUUGAAGACGCUGAGAAAAUUAUAGAGAAAAUUUUAUCGAACAGGCAUUCGAUUUUUCAAUUCAAAUCAAACAUGCAGCUAGGCGUUCGAACUGGAAUGGUUCGCUCCAAAUUCAACUGUAUCGCCGGCAUCAACGCGUUUAAACAGAUUUUCAAGAAAAUUUCAAGUAAAAAUAACGCUAGUGAAGUGGUGAACGAGUGGUUUGUAGAUGUGUACACUAAAGAAAAGUUCAUCAAGAAUUUGUCGACGAAAGAUCGAGAGAAAUGGAUGGUAACAUACAAGAAAAAUUUUACCCAGUCAGUUAAAGAAAGUUUGAUUGAAGGAAAAUACCAAGACAAGAACUCAAGUAUCAAAAUUGAGUCACUCUUCAUAAAGACAUUUUAUAAAGCAAUUCAGAAAUUUAAACUUUCUAAAAUAAACAUUGUUUUUGGAAUUGGCAAGCCUGUAGUCGAUCUUGUUAAAUACAUGGAAAAUGUACAUCUACGACAUUGCCUUCCAUUAAAUCAUGCCAGUGGUCUUGCCAAUCUUCCAGUGAAGUAUAUAUAUGUCGAUGGAAAGAGAACAGAUAAUCGCACUACCAGGAGAUUUCCUAUCACAAACACGAUUAUUGAUGGAAAGAAAUCGUACAAAGACAUUUUGGCUUUUUUUACUACGAGUGACAUUACUCCUGAAAGAGUAAACGAAAUCGGACAUGAACGAUUGAAUGUCCUCUAUCCUCAGGUUGUAGAAAUAGCUAAAAAUGUCACUGGACUGUCAGAUGAAACCGCCGCCAUAGCAGCUUUUCGUAAGAUACUAGCAAAUCAAACGUCAUAUUAUAACAAGGAGCCUUUUCCUGAGAUCGAAUCAAAUGCUACCGCCCACAAGCGCUGUACAGACAUGGAAAGUGCUCGAAAGUUUUGUUCGGAACGCUACAAAUCAUUAAAAGUUUGGAUGACGUCAUGUCGAGAGGUCAUGAGCAUGCUUGCACCAAAAAUCAUUAAUUUAUUUUAUCAUACUGGUGAAUGGAUAACAGUACCUAACUGUCCUAUUGAAAUGGAACCUAAUUUUAAUCCUUCAUCUGGAGCCCAGUACUUUCAGAGCACUACAAAGGCGUGUACAUUUCCAGCAAAGUUUGGUCUACCUUUCUUUCUUGAAAAUCAUGGUCCUCGGUUUUCGGAGUGGUCCGUAACUGCGCAUGAGGCUUGGCCUGGACACCACACUCAAGUGCAAAGUCAUAUAGAAUAUUUCAAAGACCCUUAUGGUGGUCUGCCAAAAUGGCUUGAUGACAUAACCGAUUACACAUUCUUCAGCGAAGGCUGGGGUUUGUAUUCGGAAAAUCCUGUCAUUUCCGAUGACACAGACACCUACAAAGAAGAACCAAUGCAGAAAUUUGGCAUGCUAAAAUGGCAGGUAUGGAGAGCUCUACGUUUGAUUGUUGAUACUGGAUUACAUUAUCGUGGAAUGAAUAGAAGCAAAGCCUUAUGGUACUUCGCCCACUAUGCCUGGGACGACACAGACCUUGCCCAAAAGGAGAUAACUCGGUACCAGGGUUUUCACGGACAAGCUACAGCGUACAUGUUGGGUCAACAGAAACUCGUUGAGCUUAGAAACUAUGCAAAGAAACAACUGAAUGACUCAUUCAACAUUCAAGAGUUUCAUUAUCAGGUUUUGUCUCAAGGUUCUGCGCCUGAGGCCUAUCUUAACAAAUACAUUGAGAAAUUUGUAAAAUGUAAGCUCGGGAAGCUGACUCGAAAGACAUGUGAUGUUAUCCUAAAGCCACCAAAGAAAAAUACCUCGCCUCAGGUUGUCGAUGACUAUUUACCGCCUCGACCACCCAGAACCCAUUAUGUUUAGUAUUUUUACCAUUCAUGUUCAUCAUACAUCAAAUUUUGUCCCAAUAUCUCCCCAAAUUAUGACUUUGCUCCAUUUUAAAAAUGCGAUUUUCACCUUCUCUUUUCCUACUAGAUUUAUACACCCCAGUCAUAAUUUCUUCCCACUUUUCUUUUCCUUGGAUGUUAUUUCCUAAAGAUCAUUGCAUUCACUUGCGCAUGUGUGUCACUCACGUGCCAGGGCCCGUCCACAAUAACGCGGAUUCAAAAUAAUACGGAUUCGUUUAAUCAAAAACGCAUCAACUGAUCCGCGUCCACACUGCCGUUUUUCUUGCGCUUCCAAUGGUCCUUACUACCCUUUGAAGGAUGUAAUGAAUGCCUUGCAAGACAUAAUGAGCACUUUGCUCAUGCAAAAGACGACUUUUCGGAACAAAAGUUUGUGAAACGAAACUGGUGUCACCUCGCGCUUUCAACAAAAAUCUUUUCGCCUCACUUAGUCGCAUGUUUUAGCUAUUUCGUCGAAUGCAGUCCUAGGAAAAGCUAUUUCCACAUAACAGUCGGUUAUCUGUAAAACAAGGAAUGGGGAAUCGGGGAAUGGAAUGGAGGAAUGGGAAAACCCGGAAUGAGAAAAUCCGGAAUCUGGGAAAACCGGAAUGAGAGAAACUUUGUCAUUUAUAAUAACUGUAGUAUAUACACAACAACGAUAACUCCAAAUUAUGUUAACCUUUUGAUUCUUCGUGUUGACAUAGAAUAAUGUGUUACAUUAUUUGGAGUCACCGUAUACAAUUUUAUUAUGACCAAGACUUGGAGACCACUUCAAAAAAACAAAAAAUAAAACAAAUUAGAAUCCCGAGUAAUGUCUUCUAAUCGCGUUUUUCUGAUUUUGUUCUUUCGAUAUUGGAAUUAGAGAUUUCACAGUUGACACGCAUCAAUGACAUAUCUUGUAAUGUAACAUCUUAUUGACAUAUUAUGAUUAAUGAAGAUAUUCAAAACGUCCUAUUAAAACGUAUGUGAAAAGUGUUUUUCUCUCAAAACUUUCGCUGUAUGCCAAAGGCAUGUUAACUUAAACUCUACGAGUAAUCUUGGCUACAUGUAAGUUUACAAAUAACUGUCAAAUCUCUAGUUACAAUAUCCAAUGAACAAUAUUUUAUAUUAUGUUUUGCGUUUGGUUGAUGACAUCGUUUCAAUUUUUAUGCAGAUCCAACCGUCCAUACUAGCUCAAAACAUAUGUCGUUUUUAUCCACUUUCGACAGCAUUUCCAAACUGAUAUACUGACUCGGUGAAUCCGAUCCGCAUGCUAAUGUGGUCGGAAGGCCUAAGCGUAUCAAAAUGUUUACGGAUUUGACCGAAUCCGUGUUAGUGUGGACGGGCCCUCAGUGAAUCAAGAGCCUAAUAAUAACAAUCAAACUAUCUAUUGUGAGAACGUCUAUAUAAUUUUACCUAUACUUAAAAGAUAUAUAGCUUUUGAACUUAGUACGUAUAACAAGGUCGAACAUUUUUAACAGA